AUGGCCAAAUUCAAAACCGAUAACUACCACGAUGAGUUUGAUAUGGCUUCACGCGCAUAUACAGUGCCAAAGUUUCAACUCCAUUUUGACAAGAUCAAGACCAAGGACCCUCGUAUUACUGUCUAUCUGGAAGAGAUAAGAGUAGAGAGAUGGAGUCGUGCAUUUUUUCCUGAAUGGUUUCAUGAUAGAAGAGAAAAAGCUUCUAACCACACAGAACAUUUAUCUCAAUAUUAUGAAAAGUACUUAUGUGAACAAGCCGAGAAGGCCAGAUUCUACACCGUUAAUCCGCUUAACAGAUUCGAGUUUCAUGUGAAUGACGGUCAACAUGAUUUUCAAGUUGAUCUCCAAACUCGAACUUGUACUUGUAGGGUAUUUGAUCUAUCUGGUCUUCCUUGUAAACAUGCCCUUGCUGUUGCCCGUUCUCGGAAAACUAUUCCAUAUGAGUACUGCUCAAGGUUUAUCACAACUAAAGCGUGGUGUAUGGCAUAUGUAGAUACAUGUUAUCCAGUUUGCGAUGAAGGUUCUUGGGAUAUUCCAGAAAAUAUCAAGGAACGAGUUUGUCUAAAACCCCCCAUCAAGGUUAAGAAGGGUAGGCCAACAACAAAGCGUAGGCCAUCACAAGGUGAGCCUCGUAAGGAACAGAGACGGUGCAACUCAUGUGGCGGUCGAGGCCAUAACAGGGCAACAUGCAAAGCAGUGAUGUCUGCACCAUAUACUUCAAGACAACAAGUGUCACAACCUUCACAACCGUCACAAUUGGCACAACCUUCACAAUCUUCAUCUUUGCCACAUUCUCUAGACAAUAUUUCUUUUGGUUAA